CUCCUCUAUAAAUGGCACCAAGAAACCACCAUCUGUUUUUUAAACGCCUCUCUCUCUCUCUCUCUCUCUCUCUCUGUGAAAAUCUUCUCCUUGGAAAUGGCGGUCGAUCAUGAGUCGACGUUCAGAGAGCUGAAACCGAAGAGCAGGAGGAUCAUGGGAGGCGGAGGUCCGGAAGACGAUGACCGGUGGCCGCCUUGGCUGAAGCCGCUGCUGAAGACGCCAUUCUUCGUCCAGUGUAAGCAGCACGCCGACUCCCACAAGAGCGAGUGCAACAUGUACUGCCUCGACUGUAUGAACGGCGCCCUCUGCUCCCUCUGCCUCGCCCACCACAGGGAUCACCGCGCCAUCCAGAUAAGGCGGUCUUCCUACCACGACGUGAUUCGGGUGUCGGAGAUCCAGAAGGUGCUGGACAUAACCGGCGUGCAGACCUACAUCAUCAACAGCGCCCGCGUCGUCUUCCUGAACGAGCGGCCGCAGCCCAGGCCCGGUAAGGGCGUGACCAACACCUGCGAGAUCUGCGAGCGCAGCCUCCUUGACAGCUUCCGGUUCUGCUCCCUCGGCUGCAAGAUUGCUGGGACACCGAAGGGCCGGCUACGAAAGCAGCGAGCUGAAUCCGUGUCGGACUCGGAGGGAUCAUACACCAACACCAGCAACGGCAGCAGUGGGAGGAGUUCGCCGAGCUUCUCUCCUCCGACGCCGCCUCCGACGAUCGUCAACUACAGAACCACAAAGAGGAGGAAGGGGAUCCCCCACAGGUCGCCGAUGGGCAUGGCUCUGUUUGAAUAACAAGUUGGAAAAAAAGAAGCUAUAUGCCUCGGUAUAAGAUGCUCACUUAGGCUCUACGUCCCACUACCACACUCGAGCCUCACCAAAAGGAGGCCAGUGUCUCACCUGUAAAUUCUCCUACUAAAGAAAAAGACAAAAAAGAAAAGAAAAAUGUAAGAACUUGUAGACUUUAGCUAUAGGGAAAGCAUAGGGUGACUGGUAUAUAUAUAAGUUUUGUUAGUCAUGUAAAUACAGGGGUUGAUGAAAAAUCUACCUUUGCAAGUAUUGGAAGAAAGCACCAUAUGUUAUGAAUGUAUGGUAGUGAUAAUAAUAUGUUAUUUUGAAAAUAAA